GUGCCAGCGCCACCCAAUUCUCCUAACUCUCCUAGUCAUCGGUGUUCCCGCCUUUCUUGCAUUUCGUGCUUAUCCCGCAGCACACUCAGUACCGACGAGCCUCAAAGUUCCAUUUCUUCUGACGACGAUAUCGACUACAGAUUUACGGACUCACCUUCGCCUACCAACAGCGACUACGACUACAACAUGUUGCAGGGUUCACCCAUUACAAUUCCGUACCAUGCUUUGGGAGAUGAUUCAGAGAUUCAGCGGUCAUUACGGCUGAACCAGUACUGCUUUUACGUGAGCGAUAACGAUGCCGAGUAUCGUUGCAUAGAACACCAGAAUCACGCCGGACGUUGUAUCCUUUUAAACAUCUGGGGCGUCUCGACCGUGGACCGCGGCACCCAAACGGACAAUUACCAGAGGAGACGAGGGACGAAGAGGUUCCGGUUGACGUCACAAUCAUCCGAUGACGAUGAAGAUGACGGUAGACCAUAA